GUUGGCGGGUGAGGGACAAGUGAUUUAAACGGCCAACGGGUCGCCUCCGAGAAAGUCGACAAGCCGUGUGAGGAGAUCACAUCGCCAGCCAGGUGUGUGUGUGUGUGUGGUGAGGAGAUCGAAUUGCCGGCAAGGUGUACGUGAAGAGGUCAAAGGCGCCGGUUAGACGCCGUCGGAUGAACGCCGGUCAUGAACGACGGUGAAGGAUUCGAGCUGGGAGAUCUUGGCGGCGACCAGCACAAGACCGGAGACACAACUCGCGGAGACGACAGCCCUCUUGGGGGAAAGGGAGAUAAGGAGGGCGGCCAUUUUGGAAACUGCUGGGAAGUGACGAGAGUCAAGUGCAAGGGUGACAAUGAGAAAAGUAAGUUGACAGUUUGAAAUAUUUAUCCAAGAGUAAAUUUAUUGACCUUUUUUUUUCAAAAUUUAUUGAUUUUAAAAUAUGUGAGCGAAGAUUUUUUUAUUAUUUUUUUUUUGAGAUGUCAAAACUAGGCAUGAGUUUGGAGUCAUUGCCCUUGUAUUCCAGUAACUUGAUCUAAUUUAAUUCUCUCUUGUUGCACAUAUAGCUCGCAGAUAUAAUUAGCAGUUAAGAAGAAAUUAACUUUGCUGAAUUAAUUGGAAUGCAUUAUCUUUUUACUGAAGAGAUGCUGAGGGCUGUCGCAGUAAGAUGGGGGUAGGUAGGUGAGCCGUCUUUCCAUUGGUUCAAUUUCCCGGCCACGCUUGUACAACGAGCCAAUGGUUUUCACGGACACAAAAAUUCACGAGAUGGUCGUAUUUUGCGUUCAUGUGCAACUCACCUUUGUAGACACACAGGCGCUUGUGUCAAGAAUUUACAGAUGAUCGUCUCUUGCCAAUCUCGACUAAUCGUAGAGCAAUGCGUGGCUUGCUUUUUUUGUUGUUGUUGUUUUGUUUUUGUUUCUUAAAACUUCACCGAAAUAAAAAUGAUUAAUUUGUGAACCACUGCUAUAACAAAUGACUCUGUGAAUCAGCCAGGGACGUGCUGGCACAUGACGAACGGUGUAGUAAGAAAGGCCCGGAGGCGCACCACCCCCCCCCCCCCCCCCCCCCGAAAUAAAAAUGAUUAAUUUGUGAACCCCUGCUAUAACAAAUGGCUCUGUGAAUCAGCCAGGGACGGGCUGGCACAGGACGAACGGUGUAGUAAGAAAGGCCCGGAGGCGCACCACCCCCCCCCCCCGCACACCGGAGAUUGUACUAACUGCCCCAAAAAGGCCCAUGACGAAUGCUCGUGGCGCCCUCGUCGUGGUCCAGCACGUCCCUGGAAUCAGCCUCUCCUGCGGUUCGGUGUUCGGGGUGUUCAUUCACUGCAACUCGAAGUUUAAUUUCCGAAGUUUGACAGUAAUCUGAUUCAUGAGAACGUCUUAAGGCCAUUCAUUUCCCAACCAUCCCCCCCCAUGAGAACGUCUUAAGGCCAUUCAUUUCCCAACCAUCCCCCCCAUGAGAACGUCUUAAGGCCAUUCAUUUCCCAACCAUCCCCCCCAUGAGAACGUCUUAAGGCCAUUCAUUUCCCAACCAUCCCCCCCAUGAGAACGUCUUAAGGCCAUUCAUUUCCCAACCAUCCCCCCCAUGAGAACGUCUUAAGGCCAUUCAUUUCCCAACCAUCCCCCCCAUGAGAACGUCUUAAGGCCANUGAGAACGCCUUAAGGCCAUUCCUUUCCCAACCACCCCCCCCCCCAAUCCCCCCUCCCCCAUUAAAAAAAAAAAAAAGCAACGAACACAAAUAUUGAUGUGUUGUUUUUUUUUCAGCCAAACGUAUGAAAAUAAUACUAAAUAAUAAUUUUAUUUAACCUUAAAUCCAGGAUUGGGAAUCUUCAGAACCACACAAACUGAGGGAGGGACGAUAUUGGUUUUAAUAAUAAUUAUUUAAAAUGAAAUAUCCAUAAAAAAAAAAGAUUUGCAAGAGAAAAUGAUCUUAAGGUAAUACAUGGCGCUGGCCCCUUGAUAAAUACCGUGGGCGGCUUAAAUAUCCGCCAGCCCCUCCACCCCCACCCCCGGGUGAACCCCCAGUUGGGGUGACGCUGAUGACGCGUAUCGACGUUCCAAUAGGUCUCAUCGUAAAAGGUGUCCGCCCUCACGUUCAGGUGCCCGUCAGUCAUUUGUGUAUUGGAGAUCUGUCACAUUAACAUCCUAAUGACCAGGGCAGAGCAAAGUGAGAGAAAGUGGGCAGGGAGGGAGAUUGCACUUGUCCGGUGCGCCAACAUUAAUGGAGGGGGGGGGCGCCAACAUUAAUGGGGGGGGCGCCAAAAUCGACUUUGGAUAGGACCUAAGUUCUGAACUAAACGAUAUAAUCCAACGUACUUCGCAAAGACAGGGUAGAAAUGAGAAGCGAACCGAACACAUCAAACUCGAACCAUGAAAAGGACCAAACCGAACACGAACUUUAAAGUCACGAGAAUGCAGCGAACCUAACAAAAGUAUGAGAACCUAACAAACUUAUGAGAACCUAACAAAGUUAUGACAACCUAACAAACUUAUGAAAACCUAACAAACUUAUGAAAACCUAACAAACUUAUGACAACCUAGCAAACUUAUGAGAACCUAACAAACUUAUGAGAACCUAACAAACUUAGGAGAACCUAGCAAACUUAUGAAAACCUAACAAACUUAUGAAAACCUAACGAACUUAUGAGAACCUAGCAAACUUAUGAGAACCUAACAAACUUAUGAGAACCUAACAAACUUAGGAGAACCUAACAAACUUAUGAAAACCUAACAAACUUAUGAGAACCUAACAAACUUAGGAGAACCUAACACUCUUAUGAAAACCUAACAAACUUAUGAGAACCUAACAAACUUAUGAAACCUAAAAAACUUAGAAGAACCUAGCAAACUUAUGAGAACCUAAAAAACUUAAGAGAACCUGACAAACUUAUUAAAACCUAACAAACUUAUGAGAACCUAACAAACUUGUGAGUACCUAACAAACUUAUGAGUACCCAACAAACUUAUGAGAACAUAACAAACUUAGGAGAACCUAACACUCUUAUGAAAACCUAACAAACUUAUGAGAACCUAACAAACUUAUGAAACCUAAAAAACUUAGAAGAACCUAGCAAACUUAUGAGAACCUAAAAAACUUAUGAGAACCUGACAAACUUAUUAAAACCUAACAAACUUAUGAGAACCUAACAAACUUAUGAGAACCUAACAAACUUAGGAGAACUUAGCAAACUUAGGAGAACCUAACAAUCUUAGGAGAACCUAAAAAACUUAGGAGAACCUGACAAACUUAGGAGAACCUAACAAACUUAGGAGAACCUAGCAAACUUAUGAGAACCUAAAAAACUUGGGAGAACCUGACAAACUUAUUUAAACCUAACAAACUUAUGAGAACCUAACAAACUUGUGAGUACUUAACAAACUUAUGAGUACCUAACAAACUUAUGAGAACAUUACAAACUUAGGAGAACCUAACAAACUUAUGAGAACCUAACAAACUUAUGAGAACCUAACAAACUUAGGAGAACCUAACAAAUUUAUGAGAUCCUAACAAACUUAUGAGAACCUAACAAACUUAGGAGAACCUAACAAACUUAGGAGAGCCUAACAAACUUAGAAGAACCUAACAAACUUAUGAGAACCUAACAAACUUAUGAGAACCUAACAAACUUAGGAAGACCUAAAAUGUUUUACAUGAAGGUAGGAUCCUACUUGCGCCAGAAGUGUUGAUAUUUUAAAUAAAACAUGAAAAUGAUUUUUUGUAUUUUAAAAUUGUCAUCCCUUAAUCCCGUGUAUCCUAACAGCAUCACUGAUAGUGACCAAUGGUCACCUGACCCCUGAAGAGACACAACGGCUCCUGACCGCAGCACUGGUCAUCUCCUGGACAUCAAUUAUUUUCUCACUAGGAACUGGUCUUGCAGCUGUGGGUAAGAGUGUGGAGCUUUGGUGAAAGAAUUGUCUUUUGGUUAAAAUAUGGGAUUUGGUGAAAGAAUUGUCUUUUGGUUAAAAUAUAGGAUUUGGUGAAAGAAUUGUCUUUUGGUUAAAAUAUGGGAUUUGGUGAAAGAAUUGUCUUUUGGUUAAAGUAUUGGAUUUGGUGAAAGAAUUGUCUUUCGGUUAAAAUAAUGGAUUUGGUGAGAGAAUUCGCUUUAAGGGUAAAUGUGUGAUUCUUUGAAAACUUUGCUUUUAGUUUGAAUAUUCAUGUCCUUUGGAAAAUAAAGUUCUAGUCUAAUUAAUGUUAGACUCAAAGAUAAAAAAAACAUUGAAGCUACACGCAACAGUGCAAGAAAUUUAAACAACUGAUUAAAACAGUUUAUUUCAAUAGGUGUAGUCUAAUGGGCAAGAACUUCAAUCCUCGCCAAUAGAUUGGGGGGGGGGAGGGGCACUGGGCAAGAUCAAUCUCCAGAUUCCUGUAUUUUGUAUUAUGGGAAAUCAUCCAGGUUGUCGGUGAGCUCUGUAUGUGAAUGUUGAAAGAGCUCAGUGGGGGUGUAUUGCAUAUCUGUAUUUUGGAACGAAUAAUCCUUACAAAACAAUGCUGACUGAGUUUUCUUACCCUGACAAAAGUACAGCUUGGUUCUAAUGCUCCCAACCUACUUCGACUAACAAUUAUUCAGCAAUUCUUGCUCGGUACACAUAUAUAUUUAUUGUGUUUUAUUGUAACUGCAGCAGCUGCCUUUCCGUGCUGGUAAGAAAAAUUGCCGUUUUUUUUAUUUUGUAGGUUUGUGUGUGUGUGUGUGUGGGGGGGGGGUUAAGAAUAAGAAAUUACAAGGGAAUAAUCAAUAGUGCGUGUAGGGCGCAUUGAAAAGACCUGUAAUAAUAUAGGUCAACAAUUUCCUCAUGCGUGUGUGUGGUACAUAUUUAUUCUGCUCGCUUUUUAUUUCGCGAUGUGGCGGUAAUUAGUUGCCGUGGAUUGAAGUUACUGGGAGGGAUAACUGUGUCUCUUUGUCACAUAAGCAUGUGAGAUUAAUGGCCCCCACCCACCGUUUUUUUUUUAAUUAUUAUUUAUUCAGAAUGGUUCCAUGGAGCAUAAUUAAUUGUAUGUUCCAAUUUGAAAAAUGGUUCCGUAGACCACAAUUGUAUGUCCUAAUUUACGGAAUGGUUCCGUAAAGUAUAAUUGUAAGUCCUAAUUUACAGAAAGGUUCCGUAUAGUAUAAUUGUAUGUCCUAAAUUAUUGACUAUUACUGUGUUUUAUUAUUGUAUCGUUUAAUCUAUAUGUCUAAUGUCGGUUGAUAUUUUUUGUGAUGCACUUUUAGGGGGUUUGAGGCAAUGGGGAGAGGGCUACAGAUUGAAAUAUUGAAUUGGAGUGAGUAAGUGUAUAAUCCAUUCAAUAUAUAUGUACGGAAUUAUAUUUAAGUUAUGACCUCAGUGUUGUUCGAAGUUGUGUCAUAGAUUGUAUAUAAGUGUUUCACGUUGUCAUAUAUUGUAUAUAAGUGUUUCACGUUGUCAUAUAUUGUAUAUAAGUGUUUGAAAUUAUGCCAUAUAUUGUAUAUAAGUGUUUGACGUUAUGUCAUAUAUUGUAUAUAAGUGUCUGAAAUUAUGCCAUAUAUUGUAUAUAAGUGUUUGAAAUUAUGCCAUAUAUUGUAUAUAAGCGUUUGAAAUUAUGCCAUAUAUUGUAUAUAAGUAUUUGAGAUUAUGUCAUAUAUUAUGGUAUAUAAGUGCUUGACGUUAUGUCAUAUAUGGUACCAAAGAGUUUGAAAUUAGGGGCCGUCCAUAAAGUACGUCACGCAAUUUUGACCAUUUUUACCCCCCCCCCCAACUGUCACAAAUCUUGGACCCCCCCCCCCAAGUACGUCACACUUUCGAACACAUUUUUUUUCAAUUAACACCCCUUUAAAAUUUAAUCUAAAACACACUUCACUAUUAAACUGUAUUAAAAUAUAAAAUUUCCACUUAAAAGAACUAUCACAUUAUUAAAAUGACAUCAAUAUUAGAAUAGUUAAUUGUCAACAGUUGUCACAGUUAUUCAUUGAAACAAUAACUCAAUCUAGAUUGAAUUUGAAAACAAAAAUUGCCAAAAUUAGACUAGAAAAUUAUAUAAUACACAUCAUUUCUCUUCUGCUUUUUCAUUUACAAAAGGUGAGGUCAAGUUUUAGAUAAUCUUCCGAUUAUGCAAUCUUUUAACACUGGAUAAGAAGUAAAUUAGCGAAACUUGACCUCACCCAGUGAUUAAAUAAUAAAAAGGAAACAAAACAAUUUGGACUAAAAAAAGACUAGAUUGACAAAUUAUGUGACCAAACUCUUGUGCUAUAUUGAAUAUGUUUAUUAUGGGCCUUUUUUUUAAUGUUUAAUUCAAAAAUAUUCACUGGACAUCAUCCAUCCAUGGUGAGGUGAAGUGUCAUCCAUAGUUACGACUGGCAUCAAUCUUUCACCAUCAUCGUUUCCUGGAAGGAUAAUUGCAGACAGAUUAACUUCAUCCUCAUCUAGCCACUCAACAUCCUCUGGGUGUGCAUCUUCUCUUCUGGCAAUAACUCCCAUGAGUUCUCUUUGCCUUCUAGCAGUGAUUCUCAAAGGACUGAUGCGUUUUAUCUGAGUUGAUUCUGGAACAGUUUGGGUUGGCACAUUCUCCCGAGCCCGAGAUCUGUGUUGUCCUGCAUGUUUCUUCAGCAUUUUUUGUGAGGCAGAGUAUAAGUGAUAUACUUUGCAAAUUCGAUCAAGUAAGCUGGUCAGCAAAGAUGGACAAUAAAGAUCAUAUAAUUGUACUUUGAAAACUCCUGUUGAUCUCGGCAAGACUAUACAUAAAACAAGGCUUUGCAACAGCAUACUAGAGCUCCUAGCGAGAGGAAUCGUGAACAACACGUUCAGGAGAUACGCAUUUCAUGCUAUUUUGACAUAAAAGUAGUUCAAAUGUUUCACAAAAUUUUUGAAAAUUAUUUUUAAAGCUAUUAAAUUCUACUGAAAAAUAAAAUUGAAAAAAAUAGAAAUAAAAUUGUAAAAAUCAAUGUGUGAGUCACACAUGGCCUGAUUCCCCUCCCCCCUGUCACAAACUGUCACACUUUCUUACGCACCCCCCCCCCCUGGAGCGUGACGUACUUUAUGGGUGGCCCCUUAUGUCAUAUGUUUUUAUAUAAAGAAAAAUAAAAUUGAAAAAAAUAGAAAUAAAAUUGUAAAAAUCAAUGUGUGAGUCACACAUGGCCUGAUUCCCCCCCCCCCUGUCACAAACUGUCACACUUUCUUACGCACCCCCCCCCCCUGGAGCGUGACGUACUUUAUGGGUGGCCCCUUAUGUCAUAUAUUUUUAUAUAAGUGUUAAAAGUUAUGUCAUAAAUAGGUAGAUAAGUGCUUGACGCUAUGAUUCCAAUGGCCAUACAGCCAAGAAAAGAUACGUCAAGCUCACUCCAUUCAACUGUUUCAAACGUUGUUUCUUCUUUUUGUUCCAUCCCCAGUGCUCAGCCUCGUCGGAAGGAGCGAAUCACUGUUCGCGUUUGGGGUAAUUCAGCAUUUUCACGAUGAACUUUUGUUUAACAUUGGUGACCAGUUUCUUUCAUGUAUUUAUCAAUACGAUCCACUGGACAUGUUGGGAGCAAAUAUCUUACCACUUGACACCCUUUUACCCUAAGCACAUUUAAAAAAAAAAAAAAUAUUUAAAACACGUUUUCCUCAAGAUUCGUUGACCCAGUUAGUCACUGACCCAGUUAGUCCCUGACCCAGUUAGUCGCUGACCCAAUUAGUCACUGAACCAGUUAGUCGCUGACCCAAUUACAAAAUUAAUGUCGAAUUCCGGGUAAAAAGGCUUGACCUAAUUUAUAAAAUUGAGCCCCCCAACCCAUUUUUUUGGUAACAGGACAUGCAUUUGUUUGACAUUUCUCCUUGUGGUAUGACAUUUCAGCUGGAUGCUCUGCUGGACAGCCUGUCAUCCGUCGCGGUCGUCUGGAGAUUCCAGGGUCAAGUGGACUGCGUGUACUCUCUGAUCAGAGAGAGAAAGUAGGUCCAAAUUAUGAGAGAUUUUAAUAUGCCCAACACACCCCCAAAACCCGCCAUUGGAGCUCCCCCCCCCCGGGCUCUCGGAGCGACAUAUCCCGCCCUCGGAGCUAGACGCCCUGCCCUCGGAUCUCCACGCAGCCAUCAAUUUCAAAUUUAGAAGCAAAUGUAUCUUUAUUAAUUAACUAUGUUGUUUUUUUUUCCCCUUUAAGACACACCCACAGCCGAAAGGUUUCCUCGUAGAGAAAUGUUUUUCCCGGCUUGUAAUGGACGGUCGUAGGCUUGUAAUGGACGGUCGUGGGCUUCUAAUGGACGGUCGUGGGCUUGUAAUGGGUGGUCAUGGGCUUCUAAUGGACGGUCGUGGGCUUGUAAUGGACUGUCACGGGCUUGUAAUGGGUGGUCAUUGGCUUCUAAUGGACGGUCAUGGGGUUCUAAUGGACGGUCAUGGGUUCUAAUGGACGGUCUUGGGCUUCUAAGGGACGGUCAUGGGUUUGUAAUGGACGGUCGUGGGCUUGUAAUGGACGGUCACGGGCUUGUAAUAGGUGGUCAUGGGCUUCUAAUGGACGGUCGUGGGCUUGUAAUGGGUGGUCAUGGGGUUCUAAUGGACGGUCCUGGGAUUCUAAUGGACGGUCAUGGGCUUCUAUUGGAAGGUCGUGGGUUUGUAAUGGACGGUCGUGGCCUUGUAAUCGAUGAUCGGGUAAAAACAAAAACACAAGUUUUCUACAUCAACUAAUCCAUUACAUUUCCUCGUUAUAUUUUUGUGUCAGAAUAAUCACAAAGCACACGUCUAUUGAUAGGAGACGUAUAUCGCAUAUCCAUCAGCCAAUCUGCCUACCGUGUUGCACACACCAGGUGUCCAUCCCCCUCCACCACCACCCCCUGCUCAUAGUUCAGCAUGCACAUCUAACAUCUCCACCAAGCCAUAGCUUGGUUUCCCCCCCCCCCUUUUUUUUUCGUUGUUUAUGUUUAGCGUCUCGCUGACCUGGUCAAGGAAAUGGUAAACAAUGAAGACUUUCCAUGAAAUGAAUGAGUGCUACACACGGUGUCCACGUAGGUUUUACGCUUUCAAGGUCACGCUCUUCAGAGUCGUAGCAUCGGCGCUGCGUUUUAUCGGAGUCGCAAUAUGGGGAGCCGUUGGUAUCGCGUCGUGGAGCUGGAGUCGAGCAGUUUUUAAAGCGGUUAAAAAAAAUCUUUAACUGUUCUUACUUCAAAAUCUGAACUUGUGAAACCACCGGGAGAUCUGUUUCUCCUCAACUGCUAGUGGCCAUGCCCACGCGUGGCUUACGUCAUAGGUCAAGGUUGGAGUCGACGACUCUUUGGUUGUCGAAGUACCAAUACCUUUAAGCUCAUUCUAAAAGAUGGUGUUGUUUGCGGGGAGUUUAGUGACAUCUCUAGAAACAAUGGGAAACAAACGUAGAAUGACGCCCUAUGCGUAAUCUAAUAAUGCAGCGGAUUAGAGGCCGACCGAAAGUGAUUUUCUGAUUUCGGCCGAAGCCGAAAAUAGGCCGAAAAUUUAAAAUGACUUUCGGCCGAAACCAAAAAAAAGCCGAAAGUAAAAAAAUCACUUUCGGCCGAAGCCGAAAAUAGGCCGAAAGUUAAAAAUGAAUUUUGGCCGAAACCGAAGCCGAAACCGAAGCCGAAACCGAAAAUGAAAUAUUAAGAUAUUUUGAAAUUCGUUCCCGCAUACAUUCUGCUUACAUCGAAAAUGAUGUGGGAAAGUAUAAAUAUUUACAUUCUUUUUAUAAAAAUGAGAUAAUCGUAAAUAUUAAUAAAUAAACAUCUAAUUUAGGGGUCUCAAACUCGCGGCCAGCGAGCCAUUUGUGACCCGCAAGACGAUAUUUUGCGGCCCGCUACAUGACAGAAAAGUUUAGUGUAAAUGCGCCGGCCCGUUUCCCCCAUUCUCAUAUAUAUAACGUGACUCUCCACGACGGUUUCAGUCGAUCUCACCGACUAAUCUAAUUCUGAUUUUUUUUUUUAAUGACUCUAUAUAUUUUUGUAUGCCAGGUCUCUGGCAACAGUGAGUAGUUCUUGAGAUCCCUUAAUUAUUUCAUUGUUAUUUAUAAAGGUUGAGCAGAUUGUAACAGUUGUAAUCGCUUUUUUGUGGAUUACUUGAUGCGGCCCACUCUUAUUCAGACACUACCCCCUGCGCCCCCCCCCCCAUAAUUUGAGUUUGAUACCCUUGAUCUAAUGAAUACUUUGGAUUUUACCAUUUUAAUAUAAAAGUAAUUUAAAUUGCUUUACAAUUUUUUCAAAUUUGUAUGGUAGGAGAAAAUUUGGCAAAAAUUAAUGCAAAAUAUUAUUUUUUUAAACCGGGUCUCUAAAAAAUAUGGUUCUAAAAGAUCACUUAAUUUGUUUUUAAAGAUCGUUUAGUUGGUUGUUAUUGAUCGGUUAGUUUGUUCUUAAAGAUCGGUGAGUUUGUUCAUAAAGAUCGCUUAGAUUUUUCUAAAAUAUCGCUUAGUUUCAUCUUAAAGGUCGCUUAAUUUGUUCUUAAAGAUCACUUAGUUUGUUGUUAAAGACCGUUUAGUUUGUUCUUAAAGAUCGCUUAGUUUGUUGUUAAAGAUCGUUUAGUUUGUUGUUAAAGACCGUUUAGUUUGUUCUUAAAGAUCGCUUAGUUUGUUGUUAAAGAUCGCUUAGUUUGUUGUUAAAGAUCGUUUAGUUUGUUGUUAAAGAUCGUUUAGUUUGUUCAUAAAGAUCGCUUAGUUUGUUGUAAAUUCGCUUAGUUUUUUUCAUAAAGAUCGCUUAGUUUGUUCUUAAAAUUAAUUGAUUUUGUUCCUUAAGAUCAAUUAGUUUUUUCUUAAAGAUCUUUCAGUUUGUACCUAACGAACAUUUAGUCUUCUGUUAAAGAUCGCUUAGUUUAUUCUUAUGAAUCAUUAAAGAUCAUAAUUUGUUUUGUUCUUAAAGAUCAUUUAGUUCGGUCUUAAAAAUCGUUUAGUUUUUUAUUAAAGAUCGCUUAGAUUGUUCUUAAAGAUCGCAUAGUUUGUUUUAAAGAUCGUUUAGUUUGUUUUUAAAUGUCACUUAGUUUGUUGUUAAAUAUCAUUUAGUUUGUUCUCAAAGAUCGCUUAAUUUGUUGUUAAAUGUCGCAUAGUUUGUUGUUAAAUAUCGCUUUUGCUUAGUAUUAAAUGACCGAAAACCUGAGUCACUUUCGGCCGGAUGGCCGAAAGUCUAAGUCAAUUUCGGCCAAAACCGAAGAAAAACCGAAAGUUAACUUUUCUCUUUCGGCCGAAACCGAAAUUAAGCUGAAAGUUAACUUUCCAGUUUCGGCCUAAACCGAAAAUUGGCCGAAAGUGAUAAAAUGGCCACUUUUGGCGCCGAAACCGAAGCCGAAGCCAAAAUUCGGUCGGCCUCUACAGCGGAUCUCAAACUACUUAAACUGCAUGCUUUAUUUUUUUUAAUUAAAAGAGUACAACAACCCUUCCUAGCCCCCUCUCCACAAACACUCACACAUAGAUAUUUACUAAAAAAAAACAAAGAAUGAUACCCCCACCCCCCACCCCGAAUAGUGAUUCAAUCACCACAACGAUUGAGAACCACUCCUUUUUAAAGUCAAUAAACUAGAGACCGACCGAAUUUCGGCUUCGGUUUCGGCGCCGAAAGUGGCCAUUUUAUCACUUUCGGCCAAGUUUCGGUCUCGGCCGAAACUGAAAAGUUAACUUUCGGCUUAAUUUCGGUUUCGGCCGAAAGAGAAAAGUUAACUUUCGGUUUGUCUUCGGUUUCGGCCGAAAUUGACUUAGACUUUCGGCCAUCCGGCCGAAAGUGACUCAGGUUUUUGGUCAAUUUAAUACUCAGCGAAAGCGAUAUUUAACAACAAACUAAGCGACAUUUAAGAACAAAUUAAGAGAUCUUUGAGAACAAACUAAACGAUAUUUGACAACAAACUAAGGGACAUUUAAGAACAAACUAAACGAUAUUUGAAACAAACCAAGCGAUCUUUAAUAACAAACUAAACGAUCUAAUAGAACAAACUAAACGAUUUUUUAGACCGAACUAAAUGGUCUUUAAGAACAAAACAAAUGAUCUUUAAUAGUAAAGUAAAUGAUUGAUAAGAAUAAACUAAGCGAUCUUUAACAGAAAAGUAAAUGCUCUUUAGGGACAAACUAAAAGAUCUUUAAGAACAAACUAAUCGAUCUUUAUGAACAAACUAAACGAUCUUUAACAACAAACUAAGCGAUCUUUAUGAACAAACUCACCGAUCUUUAUGAACAAACUAACCGAUCAAUAACAACCAACUAAACGAUCUUUAAAAACAAAUUAAGCGAUCUUUUAGAACCAAAUUUUUUAGAGACCCUGUUUAAAAAAAUAAUAUUUUGCAUUAAUUUCCCCUCCUCCCCCCCCCCCCCAAUUUUUGCUAAAUUUUCUCCUACCCUACAGAUUUUUUUUAAAAUUGUAAAUCAAUUUAAAUUACUUUUAUAUUAAAAUGGUAAAAUCCAAAGUAUUCAUUAGAUCAAGGGUCUCAAACUCAAAUCAUGGGGGGAGGGGGUCACAGGAGGUAGUGUCUGAAUGAGAGUGGGCCGCAUCAAGUAAUCCACACAAAAAACGAUUACAACUGUUACAAUCUGCUCAACCUUUAUGAAUAACAAUAAAACCAUUAAGGGUUCUCAAGAACUACUCACUGCUGCCAGAGACCUGGCAUACAAAAAUAUAUAGAAACAUUAAAAAAAAAAAAUCAGAAUUAGGCUAGUCGGUGUGAUUCGACUGAAACCGUCGCGGAGAGUCACGUUAUAGAUAUGAGAAUGGGGGAAACGCGCCGGCGCAUUUACACUAAACUUUUCUGUCAAGUAGCGGGCCGCAAAAUAUCGUCUUGCGGGUCACAAAUGGCUCGCUGGCCACAAGUUUGAGACCCCUAUAUUAGAUGUUUAUUUAUUAAUAUUCACGAUUAUCUAAUUUUUUAUAAAAAGAAUGUAAAUAUUUAUACUUUCCCACAUCAUUUUCGAUGUAAGCAGAAUGUAUGCGGGAACGAAUUUCAAAAUAUCUUAAUAUUUCAUUUUCGGUUUCGGCUUCGGUUUCGGCUUCGGUUUCGGCCAAAAUUCAUUUUUAACUUUCGGCCUNUACUGGGUAGGCAAUGAAAGUGACGUUAUUUACUGGGUAGGCAAUGAAAGUGACGUUAUUUACUGGGUAGGCAAUGAAAGUGACGUUAUUUACUGGGUAGGCAAUGAAAGUGACGUUAUUUACUGGGUAGGCAAUGAAAGUGACGUUAUUUACUGGGUAGGCAAUGAAAGUGACGUUAUUUACUGGGUAGGCAAUGAAAGUGACGUUAUUUACUGGGUAGGCAAUGAAAGUGACGUUAUUUACUGGGUAGGCAAUGAAAGUGACGUUAUUUACUGGGUAGGCAAUGAAAGUGACGUUAUUUACUGGGUAGGCAAUGAAAGUGACGUUAUUUACUGGGUAGGCAAUGAAAGUGACGUUAUUUACUGGGUAGGCAAUGAAAGUGACGUUAUUUACUGGGUAGGCAAUGAAAGUGACGUUAUUUACUGGGUAGGCAAUGAAAGUGACGUUAUUUACUGGGUAGGCAAUGAAAGUGACGUUAUUUACUGGGUAGGCAAUGAAAGUGACGUUAUUUACUGGGUAGGCAAUGAAAGUGACGUUAUUUACUGGGUAGGCAAUGAAAGUGACGUUAUUUACUGGGUAGGCAAUGAAAGUGACGUUAUUUACUGGGUAGGCAAUGAAAGUGACGUUAUUUACUGGGUAGGCAAUGAAAGUGACGUUAUUUACUGGGUAGGCAAUGAAAGUGACGUUAUUUACUGGGUAGGCAAUGAAAGUGACGUUAUUUACUGGGUAGGCAAUGAAAGUGACGUUAUUUACUGGGUAGGCAAUGAAAGUGACGUUAUUUACUGGGUAGGCAAUGAAAGUGACGUUAUUUACUGGGUAGGCAAUGAAAGUGACGUUAUUUACUGGGUAGGCAAUGAAAGUGACGUUAUUUACUGGGUAGGCAAUGAAAGUGACGUUAUUUACUGGGUAGGCAAUGAAAGUGACGUUAUUUACUGGGUAGGCAAUGAAAGUGACGUUAUUUACUGGGUAGGCAAUGAAAGUGACGUUAUUUACUGGGUAGGCAAUGAAAGUGACGUUAUUUACUGGGUAGGCAAUGAACGUGACGUUAUUUACUGGGUAGGCAAUGAAAGUGACGUUAGACAUUUUAUAACACGAGAACAUUUUUUCCCUCAUAAAUAAAUUUAAUCUUGAGUAAAAUUAUUGAAUGCUUUUUUUUUAACUUUUACUUUUUAAGUCCUCAUAAUUUUUUUUUAAUAGUUCAACAGAUGUGUGUUUGCGUGUGUGUGUGUGAAAUUUUAUUUAAGCAAGACAUAAAGAAUGUCGACAGCUCAGCCACCUGGUCCUAAGACUAAUUGCUGUAUGAUAAUUGGGGUCGGUUCUAAUUUUAAGUCGAACCUGUUGGGACCUGCGGGAGAUUUACGAAUGUUUGACUCGAACAUUAGAGCAGCAAGCAAGGAUCCGCUUGUUAGACACUUUGAACAUUUGGGUUUGAGGGUUUUGUUUCUAGUGUGUUGUUGCCCUUGUGUGUGCGUGUGUAACUUAUGUGCGCGUGUGUGUUUUAAAGGAAAUUUGGCUGGGUUUAAUUUUUUUUUUUUUUUAAAACAAGUUUUCAUUUGUAAUUGACGUGGAAAGCGCACGAGACCACUGAUUUGUCUCUUCCGUUGUAGCCAUUUGUAACAGGGCGGUAGGAAAGACCUAGUAACUUAUGUGCGCGUGUGUGUUUUAAAGGAAAUUUGGCUGGGUUUAAUUUUUUUUUUUUUUUUAAAACAAGUUUUCAUUUGUAAUUGCCGUGGAAAGCGCACGAGACCACUGAUUUGUCUCUUCCGUUGUAGCCAUUUGUAACAGGGCGGUAGGAAAGACCUGUAUGUUAGCAAGUAGGUUAUAUUCCACGGGGCAACAGACGGAUACAGUUGCCACAGUAAUGACCUGUGGGGCUUUAAAGAGCGAUAGCUCUUGGCCCCAUCUGAAUAUAUAUAAUUUAGUCAGAGGUGGCCAUCUGGCCGUUUUCUGGCCAUUUGGUCUUGUUGUGGCCAUUCAGUCUUGUUCUUGAUACAUCUUCAGCUGAAACUGUUGUUUAUAUCUCCAGGGCAUGUAUAGUGAUCGGUGUCUUAUUUCUUGUGUCGGCGGUAUCUCUGAUUGUCAAAUCCGUGAUUGCCAUUAUAAUGGAGACGCAUGAGGAAAAGGUAGGUCGCACCUCCUUUCUUUUCUUUGGCAAAUUUCUGGCUAAAAUCAGUUUCUGCGAUAAAUCUAAGGAAAAUUGUGACUGCAUUAUAUAAAAAUUUAAUAAUAGGUCAAGGGAAAGUGGUCGGCAAAUCGCGGUUCUUUAACGGCCUGAGUGAGGCUCGGCCAUCAGCCACAAAUCGGAUUUGACUCCGAAAAACAUGGUUCUUGACAGGCUCUUGAAAAGAAAUUUGGCUCUCAAAAAAAAAAAAAAUAAAUAAAAAAUGUAAUCGUCCUGCUGCUGACUUUUGGCUUUUUUUACGAAUGCGUUUGCCGAUCACUGGUCUACGGCUUAGGGUAUAAGUGGUGUAUUUUACAGCUACCAUUAUGGUGCAAGUUUUGAGUAUCGAUAAAUUAUCGUGCACCAAAGAUUCGCUGAAACUACAUGUCGGUGUAUGUGAAGAUCAUCUUCAUGCUUUCCAUUUUUAUUUUUUUGUUUACAGGAAGUCUUACUAUUCGACAGCUUUUCCCUGACAUGUGGUGUUAUAUCAGUGAUAAUUGCUGGAGCUAAAAUAUAUGUGGGUCUCAAAUUGGGCAGCAGGGCUCUGUACACUGACAGUGAGUAUUUGGAAUCAGUGGUCUAAGUAAAAAGGUGCCGCAGCAUUGGUGGGAUUUAGGGAUGUAUUUCUUCUGUAUUAAUUGUAUUUUACGAGGCCAUGUCACCUUAUUACUUAGAUCCCUUUUUUUGUUGCACAUAUUGUUAAUCGGGGGGGGGGGGGGGCGCCCCUCCCCCCCCCCCCAGGGUAGAGUGAAAGACAACCCCCGCCCCCCCCCCCCACCUAGACCUUGAACUUGGUAAAGUAUGGGUGUGGGUCAUGUCAAGUCGUGGUUAUCGUGUUAAAUUAUUAAGUUCACUGCCAAUCUAGAGUAAUGCAAGCUCACACGGUCAGUUUAAAAAUGUAUAAGAACGAUGUUGAAUAGUCAAUGACAAUAGAGAUAACAAAUUAUUACAAUUUCGCUGAUAGCUCAAACAUUUAUCACAUUUUUCUGCAAAUCAAAUUAUCAAAGCCAUGGAUUAUUCAAAACAUGAUAUAUUUUUUUAUUCCUAUAAUUAGUAUUUUAGAUUUAAUUCUUAAAAUUAUAAUUAUUUUCGGACGGCUGAGGGUUGUGCUGUCAUCACAUGUGUCGUUCCUUACUAAAGGAUAGGCGUUCAAUCCCCAGCCUGACCCAGACACUUCAAAUCUAUUGUUUUUCCUCCUUACAAAAACGAGUCUUCCAUGUGACCAGUUUAAGCUCGACAGAUGGACGGGAAGUGGGUCAAUUAGCCGCCCGAAUAUUUUUUUUUUACAGCCAGCCACGAACAAAAGCGAAGUUAAUAUAAAGAAUUUAAAAAUUAACUGUAUGAUGAGAAUACCGGAAAGAACAAAGUUAUACUUGUGAUUUUUUUUUUCAGGUAUCAUAACUCUGGUGGGCGCAGCUUCCUGUUUCGCUGGUGUAGCGGGUCUAGAGUUGUACGUUGAAGACACCAAUCUGUGGUAUAUAGACUCGGUCUUUGGCGUCAUCUGUGGACUUUUCUUGUUACUGUUUGGGAUCAGGUAAGGACCCUGAGAAGUUACAUUCUAUAGUUGUAGGAAUCCAAAAUAAAACUUUCAUUACAUUCGUAUAGGAUUAAGCAUCCGACCUAUAUUUUGUUAAAUAUGAAGUAAAUGUAACAUGACUUUAAAGCAAUGUCAAUUGUAUUUGAAGACACCCGGCGAAUUGCUCCUCUGACUCUCCUCCUUCCCCCCCCCAACCCGGUGAAUUGCUCCUCUGACUCUCCUCCUUCCCCCCCCCACCCGGUGAAUUGCUCCUCUGACUCUCCUCCCACCCGACGAAUGGCUUCUCUGGUCCUUUCCCCUCCCCAACAAGAGGCUUGGGAAGACCCGUUGAUAUAAAUUACGUUUAAAUAGAGCUUUUAAAAUGCGUUCUCAAGUGACAUUCAUCAAAUAAAUGUUGAUACUAGGCCCAAUGCUAAAUGGCUUAUCAAAAGAAACCCAAUACUUGAUUAAGUUAUAGUUGCAUUAGCGUGUCACGGAUAAAUAUAAAGGUCCUUUUUUUUGUUUUCCUUACUUGCCAUAUAUUCUUUAAGUCGCGGGCAAAAAACACCCGAAGUAAUUGGAAAUGAGAGAAGUUCAUCACGAGGCAAUACUGGAACCAAUAGAAGCCACUCGAUUAUAAAUAUCGUAUUGUCUCAGAAAAACUGGGUUAAGUUAAAAGUUAGUGGGGGAAAUGAAACGGAAAAUAUCUCUCACGCGUUAGCUCUCUUGUCCUUAAAGUUAUUUUCAAUUCCUGUAAUAUUCUUUUUCAACAUUUUACUAAUGAAUUUUGAAUUUUUACAGUAACAAAAUUCUUUUGUGCUAGGGCAAAUCGUUGUUUAGGAAGAAUUAUUAAAAAUAAGUGUUAUUAUUUUUUUUUUUAAAGUUAAUAUCACGAGUCAUUUUUAUUCACAUUGAAAAAAAUUCCCUUGUAUUAUUGAAGUGUCUGGAGAAUGGAUGUCUUCGCCACACACACACAAAUAUAUAUAUAUAUAUAUAUAUAUAUAAAAUUACCAAAUUAAGAUACCUUCACAUCUCUACCUAACAUUAAUUUUUUUUUUAAAAGAAGAACUAAAAGAAUCACAUCUUUCACGGAAAUAUUUCCUAGCCAACAAUUUUUUUAUUGUUGUUUGUUUUAAAUUUCUCCACAGACUUUUGUACACGUCAAUGACACAAGUCUGUGAGGUCGAGUGACGACGGAAUCGCGCUGUCUUAUCUCACUGAGUUGUAACGUGAUGGAAUAUUCUGUGUUAUUUUGGACCAAAAAAAUUGCUACUCAAAGACAAUGAUUCUGCCGGUGUUUCUCAACAACAACAAAACUGUCCCAGCAAAUCCACUUAACUUAAGACAAGCUCAUUUUUUUUUCUAUUACACUAUGAGCGAAACAAACUGAUUUCAAAUGAACGCCACGUUAUGAAUUCAGUGUUUCUUUCAGGCAUCUCUACAGCAAAGUCAAGUGCCACCUCCCCCCCCCCUUUCUUUUUUUUACCCCC